UGACACACAGGCCUCACUGUGGGUACCCAGAAUGAUACCCUAUGGAGAGAGACUGGGAAGCCCAGCUGUCUCCCCACUCCCAGUUCGUGGGAGACAUGUGAUGCAUGGGGCAGCCUUUGCUUACGUGCCCAGCCCACAGGUCCUGCACAGGAUCCCAGGGACAUCUGCCUAUACCUUCUCUAGCCUGAGCCCAGUGGCUCUCACAGAGCACAACUGUCCCUAUGGAGAGGUCCUGGAGUGCCAUGACCCAUUCCCUGUCAAGCUGGCCAUGGAAGAGGAGCAAAAACCAGCGCCUGGGUUGGCCCAGAAGCUGCGCCAGGUUGGCACAACACUCCUCAGAGUACCACUGAUGCUGGCCUUCCUCUACCUCUUUGUCUGUUCCCUGGAUGUUCUCAGCUCAGCCUUCCAACUGGCUGGAGGAAAGGUGGCUGGUGACAUCUUUAAGGACAACGCCAUCCUGUCCAACCCGGUGGCAGGACUGGUGGUGGGGAUCCUGGUGACCGUGUUGGUGCAGAGCUCUAGCACCUCCACGUCCAUCAUUGUCAGCAUGGUGUCCUCCGGCUUGCUGGAAGUGAGCUCUGCCAUACCCAUCAUCAUGGGCUCCAACAUCGGAACCUCUGUCACCAACACCAUUGUGGCCCUGAUGCAGGCAGGGGACAGGACUGACUUCCGGCGGGCUUUCGCAGGGGCCACAGUGCACGACUGCUUUAACUGGCUGUCCGUUCUGGUUCUGCUGCCCCUGGAGGCUGCCACCGGCUACCUGCACCACAUUACUGGACUCGUGGUUGCCUCCUUCAACAUCCGUGGUGGCCGCGAUGCUCCUGAUCUUCUCAAGAUCAUCACGGAGCCCUUCACGAAGCUCAUUAUCCAGCUGGACAAGUCUGUGAUCACCAGCAUUGCCACAGGGGAUGAAUCUCUGAGGAACCACAGUCUGAUCCGGAUCUGGUGCCACACAGACCCCAUGGAGGCUUCCACCUCCAUGUCCAGGGCAGAGGCCAACUCCAGCCUGACCCUUAGAAAUGCCACUAUGGAGAAAUGUAACCACCUCUUUGUGGACACCAGGCUCCCUGAUCUGGCAGUGGGACUCAUCCUGCUGGCUAGCUCCCUGGUACUCCUGUGCACCUGCCUCAUCCUCCUUGUCAAGAUGCUCAACUCCCUGCUCAAGGGCCAGGUGGCCAAGGUCAUCCAGAAGGUCAUCAACACCGACUUCCCUGCUCCCUUCACCUGGGUCACAGGCUACUUUGCCAUGGUGGUGGGUGCCGGCAUGACCUUCAUUGUCCAGAGCAGUUCUGUGUUCACCUCGGCCAUGACCCCACUCAUCGGCCUGGGUGUGAUCAGCAUCGAGCGAGCUUACCCACUCACACUGGGCUCCAACAUCGGCACAACCACCACUGCCAUCCUGGCAGCCCUGGCCAGCCCCAGGGAGAAGCUGUCCAGCUCCUUCCAGAUUGCCCUCUGUCACUUCUUCUUCAACAUCUCGGGCAUCCUGCUGUGGUACCCACUGCCCUGCACGCGCCUGCCCAUCUGCAUGGCCAAAGCGCUGGGAAAACUCACCGCCAAGUACCGCUGGUUUGCUGUCCUCUACCUUCUGAUGUGCUUCCUGCUAUUGCCUUCGCUAGUGUUUGGUAUUUCCAUGGCAGGCUGGCAGGCCAUGAUAGGUGUGGGUGCGCCCUUCGGGGCUCUGCUGGUCUUUGUGGUGCUGGUCAAUGUCCUUCAGAGUCGAAGUCCUGGACGCCUACCCAAGUGGCUGCAGACAUGGGAUUUUCUGCCUCACUGGAUGCACUCCCUGCAGCCCUUGGACCACCUCAUCACUCGUGCCACCUUGUGCUAUGCCAGGCCUGAGCCCCGCUCACCCCAACUGCCUGCCAGGGUCUUCCUGGAGGAGCUGCCUCCUGCCACACCCUCCCCUCGCUGUGCCCUGCCUGCUCACCACAGUGCCACCCGCCUCUAG